AAAGUCAUAAAAACAAAUCAUGUGUGUAGAAAAUGUAUUAAAAAAUUUAGGUACAACGUUUAUGAACUUUUCUAAAAAUGGAUUCAUUUAUGGAUCACAAGGUAAUAUGCUUCUUAGAAAUUUGGAGGCACAUUGGUUCUUACAUUGCAUUACUAUGUCACCUUACAAUGUUUUUCUAACUACUAACGAUAUGAUUAAACAUACUCUACAAGUAUUAGAUAAUAUGAAUAUAAAUGAAUUACCUUAUGGACUUGGUAUAAUAGAAGAUACAAAAACUUCUUGGAAUCAAUCAAUUUUGCCAAAAGAAUGUAAGGUGACGUCUCAUAAAAUUGCUAAAACUAUUACAUUUGUACAUAAUUCUCAAUCCAAAGAUUUGUUUUAUAAAAAACAAAGAGAACGAAAAAUGUGGUGGCGUAAGCUCACUCAAAAUCCUUCAAGAUUUCUACUUACAGAAUCAAGAAAAUUGAGAAAUCGUGAGAUCAUUGACAUAGAAGUGUCAUUUCCUUUUGGUAACAUUAUUGUAGAAUCAAUUAUUUAUCAACACGAUGUUCAGAAAUUAUUCUUAGAGACUAAAAAUUCUAAAUAUGAUAUUGGUGAUGUGCAAAUGAUUGAACAUAUUGCUUCAUUAGAUUGGGGUUGUUUAGCAUUACUUUCUGAUAGUUACGAAGAUGGUAAAUCUAAUCGAAUAUUGUUACAUCCAAAGAUUUCACCGUACAAAGUUGCUUUUUCCAUUGAAAAAAGUAAUGAUACGGAUUUGGAUGAAGAAAAGUUAAAUCGUUUUAUUAUUUAUUUAAAUAAUAUACUGAGAGCAAAAGGUUUUGAAACAAUAUUAGCAAAUACAAAAGAAGUUAUUGAAAUGUGCUUAAUUCCUUUUGUUGUUACCGUAACUCAGACUAGUCUCAAAAAUGGCAUAAUACAUAUUACGAGUAGAUCAACGACUCUUGCAGAGGCAAUUCAUUUUACAGAUUUGGUGAAAUAUAUUGGUUUACGAUGUAAUCGUUCUACGUGACAAAGAAUCAUUAAUAUAAAUCUAAUCGUUAUCUUCAUUUUAUAUAUUUUAUUUUUCUAAGAUUUAUUACCAAUUUCGAUGCAUCUUUUUUUUUAUACAUUUUUUCAUUCAAUAAGAUAUUAUUUAUCGUCAAUAAUUUCCAUAAAUGGCCUUGAUAAAUAAAAAAUAAAUAGAGUUUAAAUUUUAUUCUAUUUUAAUAUCUGCUCAUUUAAAUUUCACGCGUUACCAAACUUUUUAAUUUUACAAUGUAAGAUAUUAUUUGUUAUUCACAGUUCACAACAUUUCUCUGCUGCAAGUUAAAAAAUAACUGUGUUUUACUUAUAAUUUAUUUAAAUUAUUAAAGUAAAUUACUUUAUAAUAUAAUAUAAUAAUAAUAAUAAUCAUAUUUAAUUAACAAAAAUUAAACAAUUUCAAUAUUACAAUUCUAGUUUUCUGACUGGCUUAUCCAAUAUUCAACUUCAUUUCUUGUUCAUCUUUAUAUGGAGCUAAACAUUGUCACAGAAGUAUCACUUCUUUUUAAUAAAAAAUUGUCUCAUGCAGAUUUUAUGCUUGAGAAUAUAUUUUUAUGCAAGAUAUCUCAUGUCUUAUAAAAUUUAAUAACAAUGUAGAAAACAUGAAUACUACAAAGAAUAAUCAUAGAUCAUGCGUGAUAAUAUGAAUAAUGAAUAAUGCAUAACUCAGAGUUUCAGAAAAUUUGGAGAGACAUACUCGUGUGCGUGUGCAUACUUCUGUUCUGUCAAAUAUAACCAACUUUUAAUUACAAUUCAAAUGACGAUUAUGUUUUGACUGACAGUUAGUUUUAUGUACUUUUAAGGAAGUAUGUUAGGAUUAAGUUACGUCAGUAACAUUAGCUGGGUAACAUCAUUUGAAAAUCAAAUCAUCAUCCUAACACACUUUCUAAGAAGUAUAUGAAAAUACAGUUAAGCAGGUAAUUGUAACUUUUUGCCUUUCAGUACUUUGGUAAUAUAGAGGUAGAAGAAAUCACAAUAAAGAACUGUUUGAAUCAAGCCAGCGACAAUUGCGAUCAAAUCAUAAUGAUCUUCUGCAUAAUAACGAUAAA